ACACAACGUCCCAACUUCAUUGGAAUUGGGGUUGUAUAUGGACUACAUGGAUCACUUGAUACUAUAGCCUAUAUAAAAUUAAUGGGAACACUACCAAGAAUUUUCAGCAGCAUUGUAUGUAGCAGAAUAACUAUAUGAAUGUAUGACUAGUCUUUAAAUAAGCAGCUGAAAAUUACAAACCCCAGCAGUAUUAUCUAUCAGCAGUGGAUUCACACCUCUACAAUAAUAGACCAUAUCGUUGCUGUUGAGUGGAAUCCUCACUUCUCCAAAACCACUUACUUUUCAGGAAAUACGAAAUGAAAGCGUCAUUUUGCUUGAGUUACCAAAUACCGCAUUGUUCAAUAUCAGCACCAAUAUCAACACAACACCUCACCGUCAGUGAUGGGAAAGUUCAUUUUUUACGCAAACUAGUUCAAAGUUCAGUUCACCGUUCCAAAAAUAAACUCGUUCAGGUCAUAAUUCAUAAUUCAAAAUUUCUAACUACACACUGAUGGUGUAGUGGUACAUUCACCUGACUUUGGUGCGGGCAGCGUGGGUUCAGUUCCCACUCAGUGGCGGUGUGAAUGUGAGUGCGAAUGGUUGUCCGUGUCUAUAUGUGCCCUGUGAUUGACUGGUGACCAGUUCAGGGUGUCGUCCGCCUAUCGCCCAAAGUCAGCUGGGAUAGGCUCCAGCGCUCUGCGACCCUAACCAGGAUAAGUGGUGUUGAAAUUGGAUGAAUGGAUGGAAAAUUUCUAACUAAGUUUAUCGUUCCUAAAGUGAACUCCCGGUACUUUAUAGUUCUUUUUUUUCAAUGUGCUUUUCCAUCAAAAUACUGGCUUUUCAUUUCCUCAUGGUUGCCACCCAUUCAGUCCACACUAGUAGCCAGCUGCAGCUUUCAACCUACAAUCUCAAAAACAAGAAAAAACGUGUUACUUGAAUUGUCUUUUUUUAAAAUGAGGAAUUCAAACAAAAUGUCCUAAAUGUCCAAACAAAAACAUGCAACACAGUAUGACAGGAAGAUGGUGAAUGGACAUUGAUAAUUUUGCAUUCCUUGCAGCUCUAGCUAAUUAUAUUUACAAAAUAUUUUCUCUCAUCUAUUCAUAUAUUACAAAACAAAAUAAAUUCAAUACUAUGACAGUGUGAUUGCAUAGUGUUUUAACCAAAGCAUUCUGAGCAUUGCAUUCCAAAACAGCCAAAGAACACGUUCACUCCCAUUUACGCAGUUGCCCUGAAUGCACCUCGCGCGCACAGGCUGUUGCGACUUGCCUGCCGAAUGUAAACCUGAAUGGCGGUUGCCAAAUACAGUGUUCAUCCCUGACAUAUGAAGGCUCGUAUGUAGUGUUUCCAGGUGGGUUUUGUCCUGGAAGUCCCGAGCAAAACCUGGCACUAUUGAAUGUAAGUGAACUUUCGUUUAAAACCCGUUCUUUGCCGCCAACUGUGCGCAUUCUCAGUAACGUUCACCAGGCAGAACUGAACGAAGUUCAAUUCACAUUCGUCCAAAAUAUGAACUAGUUCAUGAACCUUUGUUUAUUGAACUUGUUCAGGUACAACACUGCUCACCGAAAUCAUGUUCAAUCGCUAAUUGAAUUUGCUAAGAGAAUCACUAAUUCAUCACGCUGCCAUUGAUUAGAAUGUUACAGACAUGUGAGCGUCCAUCCAAGUCUGGGCUCUCACCGAGCCCCUGACAGGAGGAAAGGCGUAUACUCAACAAAAACUAACGACUGUGGUUACGUUAUCUUUCCAAACUCUUUUUCAAAGCUCUAAGAACCAUGAGCAAGGCAAUAAAAUAAAACGAUAAGAUGACUAGAUUGUGUAAUCGUCACAGUGUGCCAUUUCUUCUGUCACAGCAACCAAUUAUAUUCUACCAGCCUGCCAUUCUGUCAGCCAAUCACAUGCUACCAGCCAGAGUCAGUAACACCUCCCUUCAUCCCUUGUUGAUGAUGGAAACGGUGUCAGAGUGUUGGACGAAGAUAACAGCAGGACACUACAACAUGAUCCAGUGAGAGUUCUGCCUUUUGACGUUUGCCUGUUCCUGUCCCUGUGGCUGUUGGGAAUUCUGCUAAGACUGUUCCUCAUUCUGCUCUCUGUGAAUCAUCGGUUAAGACAACAGUGAGAUCUGGGUGGCGGCAAGGUGAACGACUGGUUAGCACAUCUGCCUCAAAGUUCAAAUCCCACCACGCCAGUGUGGAGUUUGCAUGUUCUCCCUGUGCCUGUGUGGGUUUUCUCCGGGUACUCCAGCUCACUCCCACAUCCCAAAAACAUGCAGGGCAGGUAAAUUGAAGACUCUAAAUUGUCCAUAGGUAUGAAUGUGAGUGCGAAUGGUUGUUUGUUUAUACGUGCCCUGCAAUUGGCUGGCAAACAGUUCAGGGUGUACCCCGCCUCCUGCCUGCGGUUAGCUGGGAUAGGCUCCAGCAUACACGCGACCCGAGUGAGGAUAAGCGGGAUAGAAAAUGGAUGUAAUGUGAGCAUUUCGUGACCUCCUAUCUGUGGAUUACAAAGUCUUGCAUCACUUUGGCCAAUCUUCAAAGCCUGAACCUCUCGACUGUGAAGUGUGACGUUGAAUGACCCUAACUGAACUAUAUGCUCGCCUUGAUUUGACCUGUCACAGUUGAUCUCAAACUGUUAAUUAUUAAUCCUUUCCAAUUUUCCCUGUGGGCUGCAUUUGGGUCCUAAGUCACACUCACUCCGUGUCAGUAAUAGGUGGAAAUUAGUUAGCACACAAACUUACCCUUGUGACUGACAGGCUUCCUUCUGCAAUGACACAUUAUAGCUAUCAAUUUAAAAAAAAAAAAAAAAACAUACAAACUUUCAAUCUUGAGGUGACAUAAUGCUGCAAGGAGUCAGGAAGAGAUGGAGUUAUAUGGCACUUCUCAGAAAGUUGAAGUGUCCAAGACAGUUAAUAGAUCUGCUCUCAUCUAUUUUACAGACUUUAGAGAGCUUAAUAACUUGGACCACAUGGGCACUGACCAUUAGUAUCAAUUUGUGAAAAAAUAAAAAAUAAAUUAACCCUGUAGUAGGGGUCACCAACAUGGUCGUAAGUAGCCCAUGGGCCUGUUAAAAAAAAUAGCUAAUGGGAUAUUAUCAUUUCCUAGGAAUGUUAUAGAUCAUUUGAAAAUGUAAACACUUGCAGAGUUUUAUAGAAACAAAGUGUUGCAUAUGGAUAUUUAUCUGUUUCAUUGGUAAUAAUUAUUCAACAUGGUCAGUGUCUUCACAUCAAUAUGAUGAAUACUAUUACCUAUUCAUAAUAAAAUAUAAUUAAAGAUAAUUUGAGCAAAUUUGUUAUUUCAGAAGUGUGUAACAAACUGGUAGCCGUUCGCAUUAGUCAGUACCCAAGAAGUAAGAUUAAACCAUCAAUAUCAGCGGUGGAGUGACAGCGCUACAUGAACAAAUAAUAUAUACAGUAAACAGUAGUGGCUAGAGCAUGGGUGUCAAACUCCAGGCCUGGGGGCCAGAUCUGGCCCGCUGUAUCAUAACCCUAACCGGCAACAGCAAAUCAUAUUUGUCAACUUCCAUGAUUCUUGAGUACUGUAAAUCUAUACCAAAAUUUCCAAUUUUCAUAUUAAAUGAACAAUAACCUUGAGAUAUUGCAUUUUUUGCAUUUUAAGCAUGUUUCUGUUACCAAACCCCUUUUUACAGUAACUUGAACAAUAGUUGAACAAACUAUUAUCUGUGACUUCUGAUUUAAAAUCUAGUUAUCCAUCAAUUCGUUGUGUAUAUGUAAUAUUAUGAGGAGCCGAUUAAACAUUUAUAUGGCUUUAAAGUCAUAACAAACGUCUGAGGGAAACCACGGUUCUAGCAGUAAGUCGUCAUAACUUAAUUAUUAAAAGUAAUGUGUGUUGUAAUGUUUUGACACAUCAAUAGCACUGCUUUGUGGUUUCAAACUUCUUUUCACCCUUGUGUCACAAUUACAAAUGUUACAACAGGAUGUGUGAGGUCCAACUACAACAUUGGGCCCUCCUGUUCGUCAUUCACAUGAAAUGUUGCACAUGCACAAGAAUAUUUAAUAACUGUAGGAUAAUCAAGCUGUGUUUAUUAUUCCCUGAUGAUAGAAAAUAUCAAUUCCAUCAGGCUUUUCUCCUUAGGAGGUGUGGAGCAUUGAACUGCUGCUGACAUCAGCUCUUAAUGGAUCCCACCAGAUGCAGGUGUUCUCACCUUACAUUUAACCCCAUUCCCAUCCCCUUAUCCGCCUUCCCCCUCUCCUCCACGUCUCCUGUCGGUCCUAUAACAAGUGUGUGCAUAUCACCAGCGGGGGACAGGGGUCUUGUAUUUAUGGCGUGACCAAGGUCACCGUUUAAACAGAGUGUGACCUUGCUCAUAGCUUAUUGUGACAAACAGGCAGCUCACAGCAGAGAAGGAUGCUCCCAUCACUGCUACUGUGGGAUCCCACAUCCCUCUCAGAAAUAUGGCUUUGCUACACUUUGAGCUGCUUGGCAUCCUCCUCCACGUCAAUGUUCUCCAUCCACACUUUUUCUUUGCAUGUGUGAAUGUGUGUGGGGGGUGUGUAGUGUGCAAAAGAUAGGGAAAUCUGCUUGAAUUGCGAGUGUUCACCCUUGAGGAAUCUCAGGUCGUCCUUGCGAAAAGCAUUCCUGCGUCUCUCCACGUCUCGUGCGCACAAUCCUGUCCCUCAUCACUGCACUCCCGCAUCCCUGACUCCUCCCCUUUCCAACAAACACACUCCAUCCUCCCUCCCUCCCUGCUUCCCUCCCUCCCUCUCUCCAUCCUCCUGCAGAUCAACGUAUCAGAGAGACUGCAUGGAGCAGAUGCGUUCGGCCAGUCCGUGUGUGGGAUGUGGUGGGAAGUGUGCUGUGGUGCAGUGGAUAAGUGGAGUGGAGAGGAGAGCGUGGAAUUUAAACACACAGACGGCGAGGUGCUCCCUGUGUGCUGCAGUGGAAGUCCCCCCCCCAACACCUCCUUCAAACCCGCACCUCCUCCCUAUGUAAUAUUUAUGGCAAAAGGGAGGUGAAAUAUUCCAGUCACGUUUUGGGGAUGUCAGUCGGCUGUCCUGAGGAGCGCUAGAGUGGAACCCGGUCCAGUAGCAGAGACGGACCCCUGCAAUAGGAUGUAAACGGAGUUCCCACUCUUCACAUUGGAACAAAAACAUUUUGUCUUUAGGUGUGCAGAAGCAAUUAUGUCUCUGGCAAGAAACAAGUCCCAAGUCACACACACACAAAAAAAGCACGUAAACUGAAGCAGGAGGAGAACAAGAUUGGAUCCGAGUGAUGCUGGAAAGUCAAGGAGGGGAAGAAGACCACCCUGACCCCCAUCUUCAUCAAUGACGAUGAUUUGGCGUGGUAGCUGCUGUUGCUAUGUGUAAACGAGUGCCUUGGCACCAAUGGAGACCGAAGGCUAUCGUGACCUCCUGGAGACCAGCGACGGUCAGGGGGUAGGCCUCCUGGAUGGACAAGGUGGGGGUGGGGUGGAGGAGGACUGGAGCGCCCCCUACCCUCUUGGCUUCCAGGUGUCUUUGACCACAGUGCUGAUCCUAGAGCUGGUACUGGGCUUCAGCAGCAACUUAACUGUACUUGUGCUGUACUGCGCCCAGUCCAACCUGGUGGAUUCAGUCAGUAACCUGGUCACUGUCAACCUCCAUGUUCUGGACAUACUGGUGUGUGUGCUGUGUCUGCCGCUGACGGUGGCUGUCAUCCUGCUCCCGGCCAAUGGAAGCGGCGUCGGGAGCCUGGCCACAUUGUGCUGCUUUCACGAAGCCUGCGUCACGUUCACCAGUGUGGCCACUGCUGUUAACGUCCUGGUGAUCAGUUUGGACCGCUACGACAUCUCUGUGCGUCCAGCCAGUCGCCUCCUGAACCCUCGCCGUGCUGGACUGCUCCUGGUGGCAGUGUGGGCCGUCUCUCUGGCUGUCUUCUUCCUUCCUUUCCUUGAGGGUGACUUCUUCUCCUCAAUGACUGAAGACAAUGAGGAUGUGGAGCAAGGGGGCCUGAACAAUGACUUGGAGUCCACUACUGGACCCGCAACACUUUUUUCUUCUCUUGCACCUUCUGUUUUACCUUCGACACACCCCUCCUCCCCCUCACACAACCUUUCUCCAGUAUGGCAGAACAGAACACUGCUAUGCAUCGGGGGGCAAGGCUACUACACAGGAAUGGCUAUGUAUUACCACUUGUUACUACAAGUGCCCUGCUUCUUCAUUGCUGUGGUUGUCAUGCUGUUCACCUACUCCCAGAUCCUACAGGCCCUCAACAUUCGAAUAGGAUCCCACAUGAUGAGGAGUAACCGUACAAAGGACUCUACCUGCAGGAUACGCUGCAGGAGGACGAAGAAGAAGGACCUCACCUUGCCAACAGAGGUGGUAUCCUCCAAUCAGAACCAGAAUCUCUCUCAUCCACCCCUUAUUCCCUCUCCCACCCCAACGCCGACAUCCCCACCACCACUCUCCUCCAUGCCCCAGGGGAUAUCUGACAGUGGUGCUACAGUCACUACUGUCAGUACGGCUGCCACCACCCCCGUCACCACCACACCUGCCACCCCUGCUUCUCCGACUCCCGCGUCAGGAUCCAUGCAGACCCACGCCACCUCCCCACUACCGGCUUCCUCCAUGGGUGUACAGGCUUCGGUUUCUGCAAUCAUCGCCUUGAGACGGGCCGUGCGUAGACAUAGGGACCGCCGGGAACGUCAACGUCGUGUCCUUAAAAUGUCUCUAAUAAUUAUUUCCACCUUCUUGGGCUGCUGGGCUCCCUUGUCCGCGGUCAACAUUCUGAUCCUGUGCAUGGGCCCCAGCGACGGUUUGGUGCGGAUCCGUCUUUGCUUCUUGGCGAUGGCUUACGGAACAACAAUCUUUCAUCCUCUGCUCUAUGCUUUCACAAGGCAGAAGCUGCGCCGGGCCCUGAAAACACGAGUCAAGAAAAGGGUUGUGUCCCUUCUGCAGGUGGACCCAGCUCCCAUUGGGGGGACAGUUAUUCAUAACUCCUGGGUGGAAGGGGGAGGCCAGAGGAAGAGUCGCAAGCCCCGAGUGGAGGCCAGCGAUGGCACAGAUCGAUGUCUCACUGAGGCAGUGAGGGAAUAAGGAUGGUCUUCAGUGUGCACGCAUGUGUCAAGUGUUGGGAAUUUGAGGAAUUGUAUGCCAUCAUCUGCUGAUGGAUUGUGUGCAUAUCCUUGCAUGUGUGUGAGAAGCCAUUAGUUUACAAAGGACAGAUCCCACGACCUCUGGUUCCGGGCAGAUGGGGAGCCCGGAGUCAUUGGGUCUAAACAAGAGCCGACCUUUCUGCACUCCUAAUGUAAUCUAGUUGACCACUUUUAACUGUCUCCAUGACAGCAUACAGUCCCCUCCAAAAGUAUUGGAGCAGCAAGUUCAAUUCCUGUUUUGGUUGUGUUCUGAAUACAUUUGGGUUUCAGAUCAAAAGAUGAAUAUGAGACAAAAGUUCUUGAAUUCCAGGUUUUAUUUCAUGGUAUUUACAUUUAGACGUGUUAAACAACUCAGGACAGAGCACCUUUUCUUUGAAGCCACCCACUUUUGACUUCGAGAGAAGAAAUAUACAGCCCAUACCACAAGAUGCAAACCACUCAUAAGCAAAAAGAAUCUGAAGGUCAGAUUAUUUUGCAAAGUACAGAGUCGAGCCACAAAGGUUUUGGAACACAGUUUUAUGGACCGAUGAAACCAAGAUUAACCUCUUCCAAAGUGAUGGAAAGGCCAUAAUAUGGAGAAAGAACAAAUCAUCUUUUGAUCUGAAACCCACGUCUUCAUCCAUCCAUCCAUCCAUUUUCUGAGCCGGUUCUCCUCACUAGGGUCGCGGGCGUGCUGGAGCCUAUCCCAGCUGUCAUCGGGCAGGAGGCGGGGUACACCCUGAACUGGUUGCCAGCCAAUCGCAGGGCACAUACAAACAAACAACCAGUCGCACACACACAGUCACACCUACGGGCAAUUUAGAGUCUCCAAUUAAUGCAUGUUUUUGGAAUGUGGGAGGAAACCGGAGUGCCCGGAGAAAACCCAAGCAGGCACGGGGAGAACAUGCAAACUCCACACAGGCGGGGCCGGGGAUUGAACCCAGGUCCUCAGAACUGUGAGGCUGACGCUCUAACCAGUCGUCUACCGUGCCGCCCACAUGUCUUCAGUAUACAACAAAACAAAGGAAUUGACCUUCCCGUUCCAAUAAUUUUAGAGGGGACAGAACACAUUAUGGUGACGCCACACCUAAAAAUAUCCUACAAUAGAGCAUAAGGCUUGGAUGAAAUCAGCUGAAAACAACGCUCCUCCAAGCAUGUGCAUAGACAGAACCACAACACAUUCACAUACACACAUACACCGCACAUUGGUCUGCGCUUAGUCAUUAAAAAGCACACAAACAUCUAUACUGUAAUAUCUACCUGCACAUGUAUUCUCAGUGAGAACACUUUUUGUGGUCUCUUUUUUUCUCCCUAUUCUUUUCAUGCCUUAAUUGAGUUCAUGGAUUAUAUGUGUGGUGCUGAAUGUCUGUUGUAUGUUUACAGAGUAGGAGUGAGACUUUGCACGUUAGUGCAACAAUAUGGUCAGUAAAUGCUAAUAUUUAGAAGUUUACAUUGUGAAAUAACCAGCAAACUGGUUUAAAAAAAUGAAAAAAGAAGGGAUUUAAUUUUUUUUUUUUUUUUUUUAUACAGCAGAGCAGAAUUAACCUAUAAGGCAUGACUUUUUCAAAGAACCAUAGAGGAUAUGAUCCAGUAUGAGAGAUAGUCUUGUGUUUGCGUGUGCGUGUGUUCUGCAGUGAGCAAAGCAUUGACCCCCUAAGAUGUGAACAAAAAGAAUGUGAACACACAAUUGUUGGUUUUCUAUUUACUGCAGAUAACAGUGAAGCAAUGAGACUUAAAAGCGGGGGGAUGGCUUAGGAUGACUUUAAUUAUGUGGCUAGCUAAUUAUGUUGUAACUAUGUGUAUAUGCCAGGCCACUGUACUACCACUGUAUCACUUCAGCUUUUCAGUGGAAAUCAAAGGGCAAUAUUUUGUUAACAGUCCGUCUAAAAUGUAUUUGUAGUCACAGCAGGUAAACUAGUACGUGUAGUUUAAAGCAGAGAACUGCUGACAUGUAAGAAAAUCACAUACCGUUUCAUUUUAAGCUCAUGUUUUGGACUGAACUUUGAGGCAGAACAGCCUCUGCCAUGUUCAGCACUGAGUCCUUCACAUAUACACUGUACCUGUGUUUCUCUAUUUCCUCAGGGCUCACAUUUACAAAUGUGCUGGACAUGAAAUAACAAAACCAGCCCUCAAUCAGCUCUUCUAUUGUGUGUGUUACCGUAAGUUAAGAUUUAUGUCACUCCAUUGGUAGAGAACACAUCACACUUUGUACAAACUCGGGUCUUGGAAACCACCUUGGGCUUUGGACUAUCUUCUCCAUCAUCCUCUCACCACUUUUACACUAGUGAACCAAACAGAAGUCAAGAAUUCUUGUGUGUUCAUGUACAUUUAUCAGGGAUGUAAAUAUUGAAGUGUCAGAUUUGGGUUUUAGAAUAUUUUCUUCUUCUCAUUUUUAGUCACAAUCAUCUGCCGGACAGAAAGAGAGCCAUUGUGAUGAAGUGAGCUACUGUAAAGAGCUACAUGUAAUCCUAUUUGUGUUAAUACUCUGUAUGUGUAAACAUUAUUGUAUAUUUAUGAAAUUGUGUAUAGAGAAAUAUUAGAAUUGUAUACAAAUUUAUAUUACUGUGUUAUUGUAUAGAACAGAAUCUGUAUUAAAAUGUAAUCUACAAGUUGA